UACCACAUGUCUAAACAACACAAAAAUAUCAAUUUGAGUCAUUCUUAACCGUAUACUAAAAGUAUAACAUACAAAUUAUUCAACCUCUUUCAACAUUUUCAGGUAACGUUGCUUUAACAGCACUUCAUGGUUCAAAAUUUAAGUUUUGAUCCCUCCACUUUGGAGAGGAAGGGGUAAAAAACUCCACUGUCUGUACCAUUGUAAAAUUUUCAUCAAAAUAUAUCUUCAUUCCUAAGGAUCUUCUGACAGACUGUACAUCCACUUAAUAACAAUGUGUUUAUUUCAGUGCAGAUGCAGGUGAUUCCAAUGCUGCUGGAUACACUGAGUGUUGGAGGAAUGGUGGGGAAGGCAGGUUAUUGGCCAAGUGACAUCUGUGUGUCUGCUCCCACAGGCAGCGGCAAAACUCUGGCUUUUGUCCUCCCAAUUAUCCAGGCUCUGAAGGGGCGUGUGCACAGACAGGUGUGUGCACUGGCAGUUCUACCGGUGAAAGACCUUGCUGUACAGGUGUUCAAAGUGUUCCAGACCUAUAGUAAAGGGUCAGACCUCAAGGUAGGCAAUGCUGUUGCUGUCGGCUACACCAAUACUAGACAAUUUUAAUCUGGGAUGUCAAAAAAAGAAGUGAUGCUUGUGAUACCAAGUCAUAAAAACUUGUCU